AUGGCUCGAACAUAUAACAUCGCUAUGGUCAGCGACUUCUUCUUCCCGCAACCCGGAGGAGUCGAAAGUCACAUCUACCAGUUGUCCUCCAAGCUGAUUGACCGCGGACACAAGGUCAUCAUCAUCACCCACGCCUACGAGGACCGCAGCGGCGUGCGCAACUUGACCAAUGGCCUUAGAGUGUAUUACGUCCCCUUCUUCGUCGUCUUCCGAUCAGCCACCUUCCCGACCGUCUUCUCCGCCUUCCCAAUCCUCCGCAACAUCCUCAUCCGCGAGCAGAUCGAGAUCGUCCAUGGCCACGCCAGCUUAAGCACUCUGUGCCACGAGGCCAUCCUCCAUGGUAGGACCAUGGGCCUCCGUACCGUCUUCACGGAUCACUCUCUAUUUGGUUUCGCGGAUGCUACUAGCAUUCUGACGAACAAGAUCUUGAAGUUCUCCCUCAGCGACGUCGACCAUGUCAUCUGUGUUAGCCAUACAUGUAAAGAAAACACCGUUCUUCGAGCGUCGUUAGACCCCCUCAUGGUUUCAGUCAUCCCAAACGCCGUCGUCGCCGAGAACUUCCGUCCGCUCGAUUAUCCGAUAUCCGAGACAGGGCAAAGCUUUGGACAGAACCCACCUCCAGCUCACCACCUGGGCCCGAACGACAUGAUUACAAUUGUAGUCAUAUCCCGCCUUUUCUAUAACAAAGGAACGGAUCUUCUGACGGCUGCGAUCCCCCGCAUCCUGGAGAACCACCCAAAUACGAGAUUCAUUAUCGCUGGAUCGGGCCCGAAGGCAAUCGACCUCGAACAGAUGAUUGAACAGAACGUGUUGCAAGACAGGGUAGAGAUGUUGGGUCCUAUCCGGCAUGAGGAGGUGCGGGACGUCAUGGUACGGGGCCAUAUCUACCUCCAUCCUAGUCUCACGGAGGCGUUUGGCACUGUCAUUGUUGAGGCAGCCAGUUGUGGUCUCUACGUCGUGUGUACGCAAGUUGGAGGUAUCCCUGAAGUUCUUCCAUCGCACAUGACCGUCUUCGCCAAACCGGAAGAGGACGACCUGGUCUUUGCAACCGGCAAGGCCAUUGCUGCCUUGAGAGCCAACAAGGUCCGCACAGAGCGCUUUCACGAGCAGGUCCAGAAGAUGUACUCUUGGACCAACGUAGCGCUGCGAACAGAGCGAGUCUACCACGGUAUUUCUGGCGAGCUGAGCGAGGCGGAGUUUUACGGCAUCGAUGCAGCCAAUGGGGCGAGCAGGGUUCGCUCUUUUACACUCAUCGACCGGCUCAAGCGAUACUACGGCUGUGGUAUCUGGGCUGGCAAGCUGUUCUGUCUCGUUUGCAUCAUCGACUACUUGCUUUUCUUGCUCUUGGAACUUUGGUUCCCGCGGGACCAGAUCGACAUAUGCCCGGAAUGGCCACGAAAAGUUCUUGACGAGGCAGAAGACUCGAAGGAGGACUGA